UCCUUCUAUUGCUUCAUGCAGACAGCAAGGUUAAGGGUCAUGCUGAUUAUCACAUUAUCGGGGCUGAUGUCUGAUGUGCAAGUGACUCAAAUGAAGCCUGAUGGAACGCUAGAGGAAAGUGGUGAAGCACGACGGCUUAGAAAGUCUUUGGAGGAAAUGUCAGAUGAAGCUAAAAGCCCCAACCUAUUGAGGGAGUGUGGACUUUCUGAUAGUGCUCUGGUAACUAUUCCAAAAAGAUCGGAAGAGAACAGGUGGUCCUGGUCAGAGGUGAAAUAUCUCUCUGAUAGUCUUCUUCUUGCCCUUGAUGGAAGCUUGGAGCAUGCACUAUUGGGAUCUGUGAUGACUAUGGAUAGAUAUGCAGCUGCUGAAAGUUUCUACAAACUUGCAAUGGCAUUUGCGCCCGUCCCAGAUCUUCACAUAAUGUGGUUGCUACAUUUAUGUGAUGCACAUCAGGAAAUGCAGUCUUGGGCUGAAGCUGCCCAGUGUGCUGUGGCUGUUGCUGGUGUUGUGAUGCAGGCCCUUGUGGCUAGAAAUGAUGGUGUUUGGAGCAAGGAUCAUGUAACUGCUCUUCGUAAAAUUUGCCCAAUGGUGAGCAAUUCACAUCAGAGGCUUCUGCUGCUGAGGUAGAGGGAUAUGGUGCUUCAAAGCUCACAGUUGAUUCUGCAGUGAAGUACCUUCAGCUUGCUAAUAAGCUUUUCUCUCAAGCUGAGCUCUAUCACUUCUGUGCCUGCAUU